AUCAAUAUACUCGACGUACUUCAGUCUUGGGAGUUCAACCCCCUUGAACUCAUAGGGUAGAACUUCACACCUGAAAGAACACUGAUCAAUUUGUGCAGUUUACCAAUGGUUGAUUAAACCAACAUCGAUCGUUGUCGGUAUUAUGUAAUAGAAUAGACUAGAAUGGUUUUAUUAUUGUGGCAAAUGUAUACAGGUAUACCCCCGGCCACUGAACAAAACUGGCCACAGGCUGAAAGAAGUUCAGUUUACCCCAGGGUCAAAGGAUGCUGCUCAUAAAUAACUUUGAAAAACAGCCGAAUUAUCUCACGGCCGUCCGUUCACGAAGGAUUGACCACGUGACAACGCAGGAAAAUCACCAGUAUCAGUCCGCGGCGUAAUGUACACUUUCCCGUUGGUGACGAACUGGAAAAGACGCUUGGUGACGUCGAGUAAUAGAUUAAAACCUUUCAAUCGUGCUAAAAAGAUAAAUAUUUCAUCUGCGGCUGCUUGACCACUUUUUGUUCGUUCUUUUCAUACAGUCGCUUAAGUUACCUCAUAAGGAGUCAUUAGGUGAAUAUAACUGACCAAGGUCCGCACCGGAGAGCGUGUAUAAAGCAUGGAGUGGGGAAAGGAGCCUGCGCUGUAUAAAGCCUUCCUCGUGGCUUUCGUCUUGAUCGAAGUUGGCCUCUUCAGCGUGUGUGUGCAGGGGUGGCCGUCGCUGGUCUACAUCUUCAGGGAUGCAGGGUUUUACGCCAAUCUCUGCGACAACACCACUCUCACAUACUCGCCCGACAUAAACGUGACGUCGUCCGGCGAGCAAGAGCACGAUCACCUGGCUGAGCUGGGGUGUGCCCCACAACAAGAAAUGUUAAACUUAGCUUACACCCUGGCUUGUGCGUCGCUUGUGCUAACAUCGGUGCUAGGAUACAUUUAUGAUCAUUGUGGAACGUGGUGUGUUCGCGGAAUUUGCGUGUCUUUAUGCUUCACCGGAACACUGCUGAUGGCAUUUGCUAGACCAGGUCUGGAAUGGCUACUAUUCCCAGGAUCUAUCGGCCAGUACCUAGGUGGCGUUAUGUACCUUGCGACUGGUAUGCAGAUGCCGCAGCUUUUUCCUAAGAUCAAAACGACUCUUGGAAUCAUGGUUUCUGGAGCAACAGACAUGAGCACGUCGUCUUUUCUUUUUGUUAAGCUGGCUUAUGACGCUGGGAUACCUUACCAGAGCUCAAUGUUGGUGUUUGCUUCCAUUGGUCUCGUUAUUUCUACCAUUACUACGAUUUUGCUGCCCCCUAGGGACCACGCGGCAAACGACAAAGAAACAAAAACUGUUUCUGAAAAGUGUUUGUCCAUGUCUUUAUAUACAUGUAAUUGUCUGGGAAACCAGGAAAAAGAUUCUAAAAACGCCAAAGCAGACUUCAAUAACAGAAAGAGCGCAGAUGUUUUUAUUAUAAAUGAUGCCAACCAAAACAAUUGGAAAACGACUGAAAAUGAGGACACAGAAAAACCAAUGGCAAAAGUACCAUCUCUACCUUCUUCAUCUGCAGACAUGAUACAAAACGUCAAAAAACCAGCGGAGAACGCUGGUACCGUCAUUGAAAAACAAGAAAAUGGAGACAUCGUUAAUGCAGGAGAAAUCGUCUUGGGAGAAAAACCAGUGACAGAAACCUCAUCAACCGAUGAGAAGCUGCAGUGCGAUGUCCCCAAGCUUUACUCGAUCUUCAAGAGCCCGUUGUUUUGGACAACACAAAUUUGGUUUUCAGGGAAUGUUUUGUUGGUAGUGAUGUAUUUCGGCAGCUUCAACUCCAUCAUAGAUUACUUAUCACACGGUGACCAAAGUAUAGUGAGCCACUACACUAACGUCCUUGGUAUCCUCCAACUGACCACUAGCAUACCGAUGGCCGUAGCGGGAGGAUACGUGGUGGACAGACAGAAAAACAGAGCUCAGAAGGGGGCUAAAGCUCAGCCAAAGUUCUUUCUCGGCCCCUUUUUCAUCACAAGUUUUUCGGGCCUGAGUCUGUGGGCUUUAUGUGCUGUGCCAGUGUUAGAAGUUCAAUAUGUGGCAAUGCUGGUACACAGUCUACUAAGAACUUUCGCCUAUGGAGUACAUAUAUCGUUUUUGGCAUAUGC